AUGCCUAUGUGCUUGAAACGGGCAAACGGAACAGAGGGAGGACAUGAGGCCGUGGUGCGACUAUUGGAGUCGUCGGGAAGGUCACCUCUUGGCAUUGCUUGCACUAAGGGGUUCAUAGAAGUUGUUGGCCUUAUGGUUCAGAACCGGGCCAAUAUCACGGUUGCGGACAAGAACGGAUGGACGCCAGUCCUUGCGGCAUCACAUAUAGGGAAUGUCGAGGUGGUCACACUAUUAUUAGGGGAGCCUCAUAUCGACCCCAGCAAACCGGACGACCUUGGCCGUACGGCCCUCUUUUACGCUUCUAGGUAUGGGCAAUACCACGCGGCGCGAGUUCUUCUCUCCGAAUGGCGCGUCAACCCGGGCGUCAGGGACUGGAUGGGGUUAACAGCAUUGUUUGCUGCGGUAGCGAAUGGUCACCUGCAUGUGACCAAGCUUCUUAUCACUAGCGGUGCAACCGUUGAGAUGCAGGGCGGUAUCGGCCACAGUCUGACAUGGUGGGCGCUCCGCGCUGGUAACCCUGAGCUGCUCCAACUCUUAGUGGAACAUACUGAAACAAUUGGCACUCGGAUCUCUGACGACUCUAUUCCCAAUGAUCUUGUCUCUACUCCGUUUGAUCACGAAGCCCCUUGGUGCGACGCCUGUACACUGAGCAUCCACGGAGGUUGCUGCUACUCUUGCAGCGUUUGCGAUAGGGGCUUCUGCUUGUGCGUGGAGUGCUAUGCUAAGGGUAUUCGAUUUUGUGACAAGGCUCACGUUCUUAUGCUUCAAUGA